AUGAUACAUAGCUUAUUUAUUAUAAAUCCUUCCGGGGAUGUGUUCCUUGAGAAACAUUGGAGGAGUGUUAUACCAAGAUCGGUGUGUGAUUACUACUUGGAGGCACAAAGAGCAUCACCUAAUGAUGUGCCACCAAUACUGGCUGCACCCCAUCACUACCUGAUUUCUAUACAAAGAGGGGGUGUGGCCCUGGUAGCUGUUUGUAAACAGGAAGUAACACCACUAUUUGUUAUUGAGUUCUUGCACAGAGUUGUUGAUACAUUCCAGGAUUAUUUCUCAGAUUGUACAGAAACUAUUAUAAAAGAGAACUAUGUAGUUGUUUAUGAGUUACUGGAUGAAAUGUUAGACAAUGGAUUCCCACUGGCAACAGAGAGUAACAUCUUGAAGGAAUUGAUUAAACCACCAAACAUUCUGAGAACGAUUGCCAAUACAGUUACUGGCAAAUCAAAUGUAUCAUCAAUAUUACCAUCUGGCCAGCUGUCUAAUGUGCCAUGGCGACGCUCUGGCGUGAAAUACGCCAACAACGAGGCAUAUUUCGACGUCGUGGAGGAAGUUGAUGCCAUUAUCGACAAGAGCGGCGCUACGGUGUCAGCUGAGAUUCAGGGAUACAUUGACUGCUGUAUCAAGUUAAGCGGAAUGCCAGAUUUGACGCUUACGUUUGUAAAUCCACGUCUAUUUGACGAUGUGUCAUUCCAUCCGUGCGUGAGAUUCAAAAGAUGGGAGUCUGAAAGGAUACUAUCAUUCAUUCCACCCGACGGCAACUUCCGAUUGAUGUCGUACCAUAUUGGAUCUCAAAGUGUAGUGGCAAUACCGAUAUACGUGCGGCAUAGUCUUACGCUCAAGAAUAACGGAGACCAAGGAAGACUGGAUCUGACUGUGGGCCCUAAACAAACUAUGGGAAGGAUUUUAGAAAAUGUUGCAUUAGAGAUAUGUAUGCCGAAAUGUGUACUUAAUUGUUCUUUAACGGCGAACCAAGGCAAGUACUCAUACGACCCUGUGAGCAAAGUCUUAUUGUGGGACAUAGGACGCAUUGAGUUACCGAAACUACCUAACAUUAAAGGAACUGUCUCGGUACAAUCGGGGGCGGACACAACAGGCGCAAACCCAAACAUCAACGUCCAUUUCACAAUACCGCAACUGGCAGUAAGCGGUUUACGAGUUAGCAGACUCGAUAUGUAUGGUGCUAAGUACAAGCCCUUCAAAGGGGUCAAGUACGUCACUAAGGCCGGAAAGUUCCAUGUUAGGAUGUGAUGGGAGGAUGGUGCGUGGAUAUCGCAAAUUACGUGAUUUUAAAGACUCGUGAAUGGAAGCGAUUGAUACGGCUUGAGAAACUCAGUGUUAGAAAUAAAAAGAAAAUGUAUUUGUUACUAGUUAAGUGGAAAUUCUAUACCUAUAUUGAAGAGUAUCAGAGUAUUUGAAAUGGCAAAUUAUUACCUAAUGUUUCUUGUUGAAUAUUAGUUAUAUGAGUGAGCUGAGUAAGAAGACUCAAAGGUGUCGCUUACGGCGGUAAAAGCCGAAAAAACCCAAUAAAAAAAACAAACACUUAGAGAAAUUCUUAAGGUCUGCUGAUUCGAUUUGAAGCUUAGUUGGUAGAGUGGUGGCCCUAGUUUGACUUACAGAUGCUUCUGGUUGGAGUCCCGUCAGAUCGAAGGAAUUUUUCUUUGUGUUCGAUCUUUGUAUAAAGAACCAUAGUGUUUUAUGUAACAUACCUACGUUUUUUAUUUUACUGUAUUCG